AUGUCCGGUCCUUCUCGAUCUCUCCCUAGGGUGCUCUCUGGCUCGUCUCGUACAGCCUUCCAGAGCCAAUCCCGCUCCUCCUCAUCGACCUCCACUCCACCCCUCCGGGCCGCCCUCCUCCUCUCCCGCCCGCCUCUCCUCACACCCACCCCCACGCCCCUCGAAUCGACAUAUCACGCCUACAACGCUCGUCUCCGCUCCGCACUCUCCAACCCGGUCCCCACCUCCUUCUACUUCAAACCCGGCUCCCUCCCUCUCCGGCGGUUCCAGCGGUCCCAGCACGCCUCCGAUGUCGAGGCGUUUGGACCCCGUCUAGCGGGCAAAGAACCGGACGUGGGCGAUCUCCCAGCGGAAUUGGAGGUGGAAGUGAUGGAGCGGGAUCAUUGGGUCAAGGCGGAUUCGGAACGGGGUGAGCGGAGUUUGGAGCGGAUGCCGGAGGACGAGGUGUAUUGUUUGGUGCAGCGGGAAGGGAGGUGGGAGUUUCCAAGGACAGAAGUGAAGAAGGGGGAGGCGCUGGAUGAGGCUGUGAAGAGGGGAUUGGUGGGCGUUGACGGAGAGAUGGGGGGCAGGGGGAUGAAUAGCUGGGUGGUCACAAAGAAGCCGGUCGGGGUCGUGAGGCAAGGAGAAGACAGAGGCGGAGCAUCAAGCUGGGACGCUGUCAAGGGCAUGUUUGGUGUAGAGGCAGAAACCAAGCAAGAAGAAGCAUGA